AUGAUCAACAGCUCACAGCAGACACAACUCACAGCAAGAGCUCAUCACAGACACAACAGUAGGCAGAAACAGCAACACAGCUCACAGCUCACAGCAAAUCACAACAGUGUUGUGCAGACACGGGCAGACACAACUCACAGUAGGCAGACACAGCUCACAGCAGACACAAUAGGCAGCACAGCUCACAGGCAACACAGAAACAUCAGACACAACUCACAACACAGAAACAGCAGCAACACAGCACAGAAACAACACAACACAGCUCACAGCAGGCAGCACAGCUCACAAGCAACACAGAAACAGCAGACACAGCUCACAGCACAGAAACAGCAGCAACACAGCACAGAAACAACAUAA